GCAAUGGAAAAAAAGGGAAAGUGUUUUUCUAACACCCAUCCCUCCCGUAUCCUCUCCUCUGUAACUGUAAUAAUCUACUUCCUGUACAUAAUACAUAUACCACCAGACAAAACAAAAGAGGAAAAUAUUAUUAGUUAAACAUUAUUCUUAGACAGAAAGAUAUAUAAAUAAAUAAUAUACACACACAAGCUACCCCACAAGUAUCAAUACCCUUUUUCUUUUUUCUUUUUCCUCCUCUCUCCCUCUCUCUAUCUGUUUUUAGAUUAUUUUCAUCAGAUAAGUUAGAUUUUAUUUCUCCUUUCUUUUUGGUUAUGCUCUUCUUCAUCAGUUUCACUUAGUUUUGUUUUGUUUUGUUUUUUUUUUCUUCAAGAACUUCAAUAGCAAAAGCUAAAAAGACCUCGAUUCUCGAACUGGGUCUUUGCUAGAUCUUGAAUAAGAUAGCCAUUCACUGAUCCUACACAAAAUCGUUUUUGACUUUGUAGCUAAAGAAAGGUGCUUGCUUGUGCUACUUUGGUUCUUCGUGCUGGGUUUUAAAGCAACUAGUUUCAUAGCACUCAGGAAUUUAACUUUAUUGUAUGGUUUCAGAACUUGAAGAUUUAAGGUACUAAGGAGUUCAAUUUCUAGGCGUUACAAUGGAUUCCCCCCAGUCUGUUGUAUCACCAUUCAAGACUUCUGUUGUCCUCGAGCCAGAGAAGCAAAAUUCUGAUCAUUCAGUUCGGAACUUGGUUAAAUUGUCCAAGGGAGUUGAGGUCCAAAGGAAGGAAGCCAUGGUUGGCAACCCGGAGGAUUACAUUGGUAUUCUUGAGGUCUACAUACAUCAGGCUAGGGACAUUCAUAACAUUUGCAUUUACCACAAGCAAGAUGUUUAUGCUAAGAUUUGCCUGACUAGUGAUCCUGAAAACACAGUCUCCACCAAAAUCAUCAAUGGUGGUGGAAGGAAUCCGGUCUUUAACGAUAACCUCCGACUGAAUGUAAAGACUGUUGAGUCCUCCCUUAAAUGUGAGAUAUUCAUGAUGAGUAGGGUGAGGAAUUAUCUUGAGGAUCAGUUGUUAGGGUUUGCUUUGGUGCCUUUAUCUGAAGUAGUAAUCAAGAAUGGAAAGCUGGAAAAGGAGUUCUCUCUUUCUUCAACCGAUUUAUUCCAUUCCCCAGCAGGGUUUGUUCAAUUAUCUCUGUCCUAUAUUGGAUCUUCGCCAGAAGUAAUGGCAAUUCCUGCAAUGCCUACUGCUCAAGCUACAGAUGGAACUGUGCAGGACACAGAGAUACAGGAAUCACUCAGCGAAUUUGAUAAGCUUGAGUUCCCAGAUCCAAAAAUUGUGAAUGAAAACCAGAUGAUGGUUUCAGAAUAUUUUGGGAUCUCAUGUACCAAUGAAGACUCUGAAACCUCGGAGAGCUUGGUCACAUCUGAAGUUGAAAACCAUGUUAGUUCUGAAAUGGGCGCUAAUGUUGUGGAAAGCUAUUCAACUGCCACUGUUGAUUCUGUUGAAGCUCCUAAACAUGAUUCGCCUCCAAGCAGCGUAUCAACAAAUGGAGUUUCUUCUCCCUCACUAGCUGCCAGCUCAGAUACAUCUGAUGCUCCAGCAGUUUCCAAAACGCCAUAUCAGGAGCAUGAGUCGGCCCGAAAAGACAAAAAGGGAGGAGAUGGCGAGAGUGAUUCCUCCUUCGGUGGGGCUCAGAGUGAGAAGACCGCUAAGCCUGUUAUCACCGUGAAUAUUGAGCCAGAGCAGAAUGUGGUCCAGCAAGACAUAGUUGACAUGUACAUGAAAAGUAUGCAGCAAUUCACCGAAUCAUUGGCAAAGAUGAAGCUUCCUUUGGACAUUGAUAGCGGACCAACAAGUUCAGGAAGUUCAACGUCUGAUCAGAAAAUGCAGUCGUCAAAGAACAGUAGCUCCCGUGUGUUUUAUGGGAGUAGGGCUUUCUUCUGAGCUUUGGUUCAAUUGGUUCAGAGGAAAACAGACAGGUGACUGUAGACUUUAGCAUGCAGACUAAUACUAAUAGUGAACUGUAAUAAUGUAUCAUGUAGUGUGUUGUUUUCCUUUUUUCUCCUUUUCUUUUUUCGUUUUUAAAUAUGUUGAGAUGUUUAGAUGACCGGGAAAUCAUGGCUCCGCAUGUGUUAUCAUCAGCUUUGUUGUAUAACAGCUGUUGUUAGUAUGAAUGGAAAAUUUCCCCUCCUUCCCCUGCCCCUUUCCUUUA